AUGUUGGCGACUGUGAGUUUUGCGCUACGGGGGGACACAGUCCUUGCGGGGCUGGAACAUAUCACACAAUGUAUAGCAGAUUUUCUGGGUCCAUCGUCUGCUCUGUCGCUCAGUGAAGCUUGCACAUUUGGUUCGAUUGCGUUGCUGGAAUGGAUUUGGGAUUCAAGCUCCCCGACUAUCGGUGAGAGAAGACCACGAUGGUCACUUGCCAACUUUCUGCGAUCGGAGCCUCACUAUUACCGCUGGCAGUUUGCCCAGUCGCUGGAGGUGGCAGCUGGUCGGGGGGAUGUGGCGAUGGUCAAGUGGCUGCUGGAUCAUUUCCAGGGGUGCGAAGCACCACCGAGUAUCGUUAAUGCUGCAGCUCGGAACGGACACCUCACUGUAUUACAAGUGUUACUGGGCGUCUCGAGACCUGUCAGGCCUCCCUCCCCUGAAAGAAACUUGGUCUACUGGGGAAAUGAGGCGGUGUUACUAGCGGCCGAAAAUGAUCACAGUGAUGUCGCUCGGUGGUUGUACGAGAACGCCAGUUAUAGUUUGAAGACUGAUCAGCGAGCAAGACUCAUCGAGCAUGCUCUACGUUUCGGUGACUUUGACUUCGCAGAUCGCUUGCUUCCUACCGACGGAAGCGAAUGCGUCCUGGACUUUGACCAGAUACGCCCGACGCCUGAACUGAUUGAGUGGAUGCUGGAUAUGGGGUAUUUACAGCAAGACGGGCACGUAGCAGUCUCUGCGAUUCGAGACUUAGCGAAGAUGGGUGGUCACUUGAAGCUCAUGCAACAAAUUCUACUGCUUCAUUCGCCUCCUACCAGCGGGAGUGAGUGUGAUGGAGAAUGGGUAGAUGAAUGGCGCGACGCAUUGAUGAACGCGACAAGGAGUGGAGAUUUAGCAACGCUAGAAUGGCUGGUGGCGCAUCCAAAUGGAAUAAAAGCGUGUAAUCGCUCUACGGAAAAGACGAGCAGGCGUCACAUUGAUGAUCUCUUGUGUGAAGCUGCUGAAAGAGGCCAUACCGACGUCAUCCACUAUCUUCACCAACGUGGAGCGAAAGACUUGGAUCGCUCUGUCUUAGCGACCGCGAUCUGUAGAGGACAAUUGGGUUCUGUUGAGUGCCUGCUCGGGUGCUUUACGUAUGGAAGCGACCUCGAAACCAUCAAGCGGCUGGUAGCUAUUCAUCCCGAAGCAUGCACAGGCGAUACUCUCGAGGAUGCUCUGCUGAGUGGUCACGUGCGCGUGGCACGCUGGCUUCAUGCCAAGCUCGCUGAUGUAGAGCUGUCGUCCGUCAAUCUAACGAGCUCCACUGCCAACAUAUUCGAGAUACUACUAUUUCUGCGCGAAAACUUUGCCGACAUCGCAAGGACAAUUGUUGUGGACAAGUUUGAUGGUAGACGAUCGGUACGGAGGAGAGGCUGUCCAGCGGAUCCAUUUUAUCAUGUUGAAAAGUGGCUGAAGGAGAACUUUGAGGGCUUUUAUAUUUAUUGA